AUGGCGUUUAUCACACUAAGAUACCGUGCUACCGAGAGGGGGAAAGAAGCUAACACACCGCGCAGCUCAUCCGGCGCCUCGACGCCGGCAUCGUCCAGGCCACGACGCGCAGGAGCCCCAAUCACCUCUUCCGCUUCUGUCCAGCGCGGCCCUGGCAUUGCAGAUGACCGACGACAAAGUCUCAAAUUGACAGUAAAGGCUGCUCCGAGUAAACUCCGUGAGGUCAUGCGUGCAAAUGAAAUCGUGUCACUCCAAGACACCCUGGGCGGCGGGCAAGUCUUGGAAGGACCACGAAGCACUCGCCGAGCUGCGAUAGCUUCGAGGACUGGUGCUCGCGCGGCCCCUAGACCUACAUACGCCGAGUAUGGCGAGAGCGACAUCGAAGAUGAUGCCGAAGAUGACGAGGAGGAGGAGAACGAGGAAGAAGAGGAAGAUGAGGAGCUUGAUGACUUCGAUCAGCUCGGCGCGGAACCCGAAGGAGGAACCGAAGAUGAGGAUGUCGACAUGGAAGACUCGCCCGCCCCUCCUGCGAAACGCCAGGCUGCACCCAAACCUCCGAAGAUCACCUUGAAGCCGCCGGCGGCUCGGCCAGACAGCAAGCAAGCAGCCAAACCCAAGCUAGUCGUCUCUCCUGCAAACGUUGGGCCUGUCAAGUCAGUCGAGGAUCAGGAAAUGGAUGUCGAUCCAGACGAUGAUGAAGUCGACGACUCGUCCGAACUCUCCGAGGAGGACGACGAAACCACAAUCAACAUCCACGCCGGAAAUGCACGCGGGCAAGAGAACAAGGAGCUGGGAGAGGCUGAUGCUCAGGGCGAAGAGGAUGAGCUUGAAGAGGAUGAGGAAGAUGACGACGACCUGGAUAGCAGCGACGACGAGACUCCGGCUUCAGGCUCAGCAACUCCGGAUAUCAGCCGGUUGACCAAGAGACAGCGAGGUAGGCCUGAAGAUCAAGGCACGCUACUGGCGUUGGAUAUGGCACCACAACAGCGAAAGUUCUUUACCGACGAGGAGAAAGCAAUGAAGAAGGACGAGCACGCAAGAAAACGCAAGGAGUUGACCAAGCGGAAGAUACAAGAGGAAAAGGCGGCUGCGUUGAAUCGACUGCUCAAACCCCAGGUGUCUAAAGCUCGAGGUGCCGCUCCGAAACCCGAGACACUGGCUGCAGCGGCGGCAGCAGCUGCAGCAGGUUCACCCUACGAGGAGGAAGAAGUCGUUCCCAAAGCCAACCCGUUGUACACGAGAUGGGUCUCUACGAAGGAAGGGGUACGACUUGGAGUUCCAGAAGAAUGGUUGGGCAAGAGAGUCGGUCGUGCUUUCGGACCACCGCUGCCACCGAGCAACAACGCACUCGUGCAAGAGAUCGAAUGA